AUGCAGAGCUCGACGUUCACGGUCGCUCCGCACGUGCUGGAGCAGGCGUACAAGGCCAUCCGGACGACGGCCCCCGAGACCAAAGACCUCGAGCAGUCGAGCAAGCUCCAGACGUUUAUGAACAGUAACUUUCCCACCGAGUCGGACGUGAAUAUCACGCGCCGGUCGUUGAUUUUAGCCGAAUUGCGGUCGAUUUUCCGCCAAUGGGUGAAGCGCAUUUGCAUGACCAAAGGCGUGCCCGAAGAAAUGGCGGCCGACGCGGGCGGCCAGAUCUUGGUCUCGGGCUCGUACCGCCUCGGGGUGAACGAACCCGGCGCUGACAUUGACACGAUCUGCGUCGCGCCUCGACACGUGACUCGAGAGGACUUUUUCUCGUCGUUGAAGGACAUUUUCCUGCACCAUGCCAAGGUGUCGAACCUCGUGGCUAUUGAAGGAGCGGUCGUGCCGAUCCUCACGUUUGAUUACGAGGAGAUUAAUGUCGACCUGCAGAUUGCGAUUCUCCCAAGGAACUCGAUCCCAGAGGAUCUCAAUAUCUUGGACGAUCAGGUCCUUGUGGGGGUCGACCCUGCGACGGAGAAGAGUCUCAAUGGCCCACGAGUCACGGAGAUUAUGAUCAAAUUGACACCGAAUCGGGAGAGUUUCAUCAGUGUGCUGCGGAUUGUGCGACGAUGGGCCAAGCGACGAGGCCUUUACUCGAACAAGAUGGGGUAUCUAGGAGGUGUCAAUUGGUGCAUCUUGGUAUGCUUUAUCAACCAACUGUACCCGACGGCAGCGCCCUCGACGUUGCUGCUGCGCUUUUUUAUGGUGCUGAACAAUUGGAAAUGGCCACUCGCUAUUCAAUUAUGCAAGACACACGACGCGAAACUAGGAUUGGAGGUCUGGAAUGCUAAUGCAGGCCAUAAUCGAUACCAAGUGAUGCCUAUCCUGACGCCCGCAUACCCGUCGAUGAAUUCGUCGUUCAACGUAUCGACCCACAGUCUGAAAGUGAUGAAGGAGGAAUUCAAACGUGGCUUGACGAUCGUACAGGACGUGCUUAGUAAAGGUGGAGUAGAAUGGGGGCCGCUGUUUGAGCCAUCUGACUUUUUUGCUGUCCACCAGCACUACUUAGCGGUUGAGGUCUAUACAGAGAGAGAGGAUGAGGAACAAGCAUGGUGCGGGUUUUGUGAGUCCCGUUUGCGUAAGCUGGUCGACUCGUUGGCGUACAAUCCAGCGCUCUGCCGCUUGCGCGCAUUUCCAACGAAGUUCCCUCUGAGUUUCGUAGUAGGUGCUAAAGCAACAGCAGACGAACAGCAUGACGGCGCGACUCCCAAGCCGCCCAACAAGUUCGGUGUGUGCUUUUACGUGGGCUUUGAUAUCGACCGUCGCCAACUACGCAGUCGCGAAGUGAGCAUUGACAACUCGGUUGAGUACUUUAAAAACAGUGAUCUCUAUCGUUGGAACAAGCGAACUCCAACUAUGGAUGUGAGGGUAACUCCAGUUGUUUGGAAAUCCUUGCCUGAAAGCGUUUUCGAAGAGAUGGGCGGGCGGGUCGUCGCUCGAACCACCCGUCGUGAGUUUCUGAAGAAGAAAAAGGAGGAGGAAAAGAAAGCAGAGGAGGUCGCGGCGCCGAGCCCUCCGCCAUCGGGUGACGAGGGAACGCGCUUGCAGGAAGAUGGCGAGGAUCUGACCUCCAGCCAGAAAACGGAGGUACUGGCUAUUGCGAUGGACAACGGCAAGGGCAGCAUUUCUCAGCCGGGCAGUCCUGAUCCCGCGGUGGACGGCGGCGAGGUAAUGAAUCGCUCAGAUUCGCUUGACGGCACUCCGCUCAAGGCAAAGAAGGAGGUGUCGUCGGCAUCACCAAAAGUGACAGGUAAGCGUGGCUAUGAUGGAGACGAUGGUGGAAACACUGUGGGUAGCCCGGAUGGGCAAAUGUUGGAUGGUGCCACACUGAACUCGGCCAAUGCGUCGGCUAAUGGUGGUGCGGCCCGAAGGCUUACUUCGCCUCCAACGAAGGCGGUCAAGAAGCCAUUGGAGUCGACAGUGGCUCCUCCAGCCGUGUCAUCGCCUCGCAAGAGACGUAAAAUGAAAAUCACUUUUACCAAAUUGACUUGA